AAACAGGGUAAUGAUAAAUGAAAUAUACUCUCUGGAACCGGCCCUGGAGAUAAGGCCAAGGGGUGAAUGAGGAUGUGUUCUAUUGCAUAAGCGAUUAACGUGUACGUGUUUGAAAUACAAUGUCAUACAUUAAUUUUGAAAGUGCAAGGAUAAAAGAAGAACUGAGAAAUGAGAAGAGAAAAGCCAGAGAAGCUGUAUUAGAAAAGGCUGAGGCAGAUUACAAACGACGUAAGGAACGUGAACAGAGAGCUGCAGAGCGAGGCGAAGACAAAUGGAUGCUUCCUUCUUUGGAUGCUCAGUUGCAACCCGUUUCACAGAAGAAAAAGAAAAAGCACAAAAAAGAGAAGAAAAAGAAGAAAGACAAAAAACACAAGAGUAAGAAGAAACAUGAUAGUUCUGAUAGCAGUGACAGUAGUGGGGAAGAAGCUUGGGUAGAAAAAGGAGCAGAAACAUCUCAGCCAUCAGCAAACAGUGGACCAGCUCAGCGAGAUGAAUGGAUGACAUUACCUGCACUCUUCCCUUGUGUAAGUCGGGAUCAAAUCCGUGCCCAGAAGAGACAAGAAGCACCUCAGGAUGAAGAAACUUUGAAGAAGAAAUUUCUUCUUGACAAUCCUGGCCAGUCUGAGCGAGAGCUGAACCCAUUCUGGAAAGACGGUGGCAAAGGUCUUCCUCAAGUGGAAGAGCCUAUGCCUGACUCCUUGAGCCUUGCUGCAAAUUCAGCUGGUGAUCAUGGUCUGGCCUGGCUACGGAGGGCCAUGCGAAGAGUUCAGGAGCAAGCUAAGGAACAAGGCAGAUCGGAAGAAGCAGUAGCUGCAGAGCGAUGGGGGUCCUUGGAAAAACUCAGGAGUAUGUUGGCCGAAGCAGAGCGCCGCUGUCGCACUCGCCCCAGGGACAGGGGUCGAGGUCCACGUGGUGGGCGUGUGCAAGGAACGGCUCCAAAACCACGAGAGUAUGAAGAUUGGCGUGAUGACCCCACUGCAGGCGCUGCUGGUGAAUCUGCAGAGGCUCAGUCUGAAGCAGUGGGAGACAAGGCACGCUAUCGGUCAUGGCUUGGCUUGAAAGCUCCCUCUCCACCCAAGGAGCCAAGCUCUGAUGAAGAAGAUGAUUUUGACUAUGACAAACUUGAUGACCCACCUGUGGUGGAAGGGCCAGACAUUAGAGGUGUUGGUGAAAAAGACAAUGAAAAGGGUAAUGUUUCAGAGAAAGAUGCUUCGGAGGAUGACAAUGAUGGAGAAGCAAAUGGUAAAAUUCUGUUUAGAUCGUCUAAGAUUCGUAAAGAACAACCAUUGUUUAAUAAAUUGCGAUAUCAGACCAAAGAGAGACUAAAUGUUUUUGGUCAAAAAUAUUCUGAUAAGAAAGAAAAAGAUAAAGCAGAAGAUUCAGAUGAUGUUGAUGAUGACAAAUUAUUUGAAGAAUGGCGAAAUGAAAGAAGAACAAAAGAUGAUGAAAGCGAAGAUGAGACUGCCAUUAGAUCGGAGUCAGAUGUUGUGGAAAGUAAAAAAGAUGGCAAAAAUAUUGAAGAAAAGCAGAAAGUGAAACAAACUGAAGAGACAGGACGAGCAGACUCAAGAAAGAUUCACCCAGUAUCAAGUGAGGACUUGCGAGAAAGAUAUUUCCAAUCUCGAAAUAAAGGAGGACCGAUGAAGGAUAAUAUCGAGAAAGAAGGGAAGACCCAUGAUUAUAAGAUAAAAGACAAAGAAUAUGUAGAGAAAAAGAGAGGUGAUUGUUCACUUAAAGAAGAUAACUCAUUCGUUAUUAAUACAAAUAGUUCUUUAGCAAACAAAGAAAAGAACAAAAAUUUGAACAUUGAUCCAAAAGAUGGAAAGGAAAGCGAAGAUGAAAAGGAGGGGUAUCGAGAAUACAGAAACAGCAGAAGAGAUGAUAGGAGGAGGGAUAGAGAGAAGAUUGAUUAUUUGUCCAGAGAAAGAAGACAAGAUGAAGAUCGUAAAGAGAGAAGGCAAGAUGAGAGAGAUACAGGAAGGAUCGAAAAUGUAAAGGACAGAUACGCUGACUUAAGACACAUUCGAAGAAGUGAAAAUGAAAGUCAGCGUUCUCAAAGAGAAAGAGAUCGAGAAGAUUACAGAGAUUCUAAGUAUCGAAGAAGAGAAGAGCAAGAAGAGUCAAUGAAUAGAAGCAGUGCAGAGCGUCACACUGGUUCCAGGCGCACUGGAAUUCCUAAUUACAUACGUAAACAUGAUGCAUCACCUAAGCAUUAUGAGCGAGCUCCAACGAGAAAAUUGGAAGGUUUCCAGAAACCUGUAGAUGAUUUACACAUUUCAUCAAAAAGUAUGCGACAUGACAUUCUUGGUGAUGCAGGUACAUAUCGUGGUUCGUCUAGUGUGAAGAAUUGGAAAAAGAAAGAAUUUCAAAAAGCAGAAGAGAAAAGGGAGAUUGCGCAAAAUGAACCACCACCACCUCCUCCUUUGGCCGCGACUAAAGUGUUACCAACAAUUCAUCCAGCGCAAGUGAAAGAAAAAGAAGAGGAAAAACAACCAGAUUUGCAGAUGAGUGAUGCUGAAAUGAACGCAUUGGGUGCAAAAGUUUUGAAAGCAGAAAUUAUGGGAAAUCAUGUACUAGCAACGAAGUUGAAAGCACAGCUUCAACAAGCCCAGGCAUCCAGGAAACAGCGGAAAGAGGCUCCUGCUACGGCUGCUGCUGCUAAACCACAGGAAGAAGAAACUGUUAUUCUGACUCAUCGAGACUCCAAGGGUUUUGUACGACCCAUUGGAGGACCAUCGCAUCCUGAACCGUCGGGUGGAAGACGCCGGCCACAAAAAGUUGCCACCCAUGGUGCUGAUGGUCUUCGGGAACGUUUCUUCCCUGAUGAUGACAAGUACACUUUGGAAAAUAUGUUCCAAAAGGAAAAAAUGACUACAAUUGAAGAUGCAAAUGAGGAGUUUAGUCGUCUUGCAGCAAAAGGCUCAAGUCGUGCUGACAGUGAGUAUGACCUUGAUGAUGUAUUUGCUGAGAAAGCAUCACGUGAGAAGGCUCCAGGUAAAUUGCAGGUGUUGGAAAGAAACCGAGCUAUCCAGCAGCAUAAGCGAAUUGAACGAUCUCUGGAUUCUUGCACUCACUGCUUUGACAGCCCUAAAAUGUUGAAGCAUCUCAUGAUAGCUUUGGGUAGUAAGGUGUACUUGAGUUUACCUGCUCAUCAGUCUCUUACGGAAGGGCACUGCCUGAUAUCUCCCAUACACCAUGUGCCCUGUGCUACUCAGCUGGAUGAAGAUGUGUGGGAUGAGAUGUCAUCUUUUCGGAAAGCUUUGGUGGCUAUGUUUUUGGAACAAGAUCAAGAUUGUGUGUUUUUUGAAUCAGCCAUGCAUCUUCGGCGUUUCCCUCAUAUGGUACUAGAGUGUGUUCCUGUGCCUCGAGAGGUUGGGGAUACUGCUCCUAUAUACUUCAAGAAAGCAAUCAUGGAGAGUGAAGCAGAAUGGAGUAUGAACAAAAAGCUUGUUGAUUUGAAAGGGAAAGGAGUGCGUAGGGCUGUACCGAAGGGUUUACCCUAUUUUGCUGUUGAUUUUGGAAAUGAUGAUGGAUUUGCCCAUGUCAUAGAAGAUGAAAGGCUGUUUCCCGAGAAUUUUGCACAGGAAAUUAUCGGAGGCAUGAUGGAUCUUGAUCAUUCCCUAUGGCGCAAGCAGCGACGUGAAAAUUUUGACACUCAGCGAAAGAAAGUGAUCGAUUUUGCUGAAAUGUGGAAAAAACAUGAUAUUACAAAGAAAACAGAGGACAACUCCAGUUCAAGCAGUGAGAGUGAUAAGGAGUGAACUUAUUAAUGUAUGUAUAUAUGUACAAUAUAACUAAAUGUGUAUAUAUGUAAUUUUUGUGUAUUGUAAUGAUCACAGAAAGGUUAAAUAAUAUAUUUGUACAGAAUAUU